CCUACGGCGUACAGCGAAUCUCUCACAUCCGGCGAGCCUCAUCCAUCACUUUGUGACUUUUCCUCAUCUCAUCGAAUACGUUCGCAUCGUCGCCGACAUCGCGAGAAGGAUAUCGAAACUAUAUUGCAUAAUAAUAUACAACUCGGGGCUAUUCAAUUCUGCGUUCGAAAUUUGGUUACGGCGUAGCAUUUUACAAUGUCUAACGCGGCGCCGACGAGUGCUGGGGGUGCGCCUGCGAAUAGCUUCACUACUCCCCAGCCGCAACCCUCAACGACUCCGGGCGCCGUUCCGAAUCCCGCUGUUGGCGCAUCAUCUACGUCGGCCAAUAACCAAAAUUUAAAUCAGAUAUAUUCAUAAUUUCUACGACGGGUCCUUGAACUAUUUCUACAACCUCCUUCGUCAUUAUUUUUUCUAUCAAUAAAUUCCGACGAGAAUGAUACACCAUGUCUACCGCCAAUGCCCGUUCUGGUGGUUCCCGACCUCCCAUCAAAGAUACAAGAACUGAUGGCCAACUUGUGACCGAUUAUCUUCUUAAGAAGGGGUAUAGACGAACUGAGGAAAUAUUCCGCCAAGAGGUGAAGGAUCUCGACGAAACUGGAAAGCCGAGAGAAAAUGGUGAUACGUCUGCGCCUAACAAGUUCCUUCCUGCUGGAAAGUAUUUGACCGCGUUCAAACAUUAUGAACUCUGGGUAGAAAGAGGAAUCGAUGUUUACAAGUUCGAGCUUAGCAAGCUCCUCUGGCCUAUUUUCAUCUAUUCCUACCUCAGGCUUGUCGGCCAGGGCUCCUCUGCUCAUGCCCAGGAACUUAUGGAACAGGUCCGAGGCCGCUUCGAGAAAGCAUAUCCAGAUGAGUUAAAGGCCCUACAACUCAUCACUCUACCUCCGCAUGUUCGAGACAGCGAUCUUGCCAAAUCCUACUUGGAAAAUCAAUACCUCAUUCCUAUCAGCAAGUUCUUGAUCGGAAAUCUCUUUCACUUCCUAGAACGCGAUAUAGAUCAAGGCGGGGCCAUAAUUCUCGACAUCAUUCAACAACAUUGCCGUAUCGAUUCUGUAGAUCGUGGCCCUAUCGAGCCUUUCAGCUUCGAGGCUAUUUACCGCCGCGCUCGACAUCUAGACUUGGAUGAAGUCGACAUUCAGGAAGGCAUACCGGGUUUUUCUAACCGUAGUGGUCUUGCGAACCGCACUAUCCUGGAUAACACGGCCGCACUGAAGCUAGGCCCUUUUCCGAUAGACCCUGAUCUGAGGAGUGAUGUUGUCGCUGAACUGGAAGAAGAGGAUAGACUUCGUCCCCCUCGAGAAGGAACAACGUCGCUACUGGAAGAAUUCAAUGCCCUGCAUCCCAUUAAGAAGGAAGUGGGCGAUUCCCCUCAGCGCGGCGAUAUCCCGUACCCUCCGUCCCGCGCCAGAGAUGUGGUUAUGGAGAUGCAGAAAGCACGAGAGAAUCGUGAUCGAUAUCGCAUCGAAGGUCGGACUGGUGGUGUGGGCCCCGGAAUAUCGGUAUCCAUGAACACAUUUCAUAAUCAUCUCGGAACGGUAUCGUGCAUGGACUUUUCAAAGGACCAACAACUUAUUGGUGUAGGAACAAUGGAGUCUUACAUCCGAGUAUGGUCUUUCGACGGAAAAGCCCUGAAAUCUCGCCUACCCCCCGAGAAGGAUAUCAAAACGAACAAUCGCAAGCUCAUCGGACACUCCGCUCCUGUUUAUUCUAUCGCAUUCUCUGAUUCGAUUAGAAAUUUGGAUCGUAACAUUUACGAGGGUGACCCCCAACCAGAGACGGACUCGAAACUACUUCUCUCUUGUUCGGCUGACGGCCAGGUACGAUUAUGGUCCUUGGAGGUGUGGGCUUGUCUCUGUAUUUACAGAGGCCAUGAUGGCCCGAUUCUAUCACUUUCUUGGAGUCCCCACGGGCAUUAUUUUGUGACAGGUGGGUGGGAUAAAACAGUGCGGGUUUGGUCGCAAGAUCAUGCUUCAGCCCUUCGUCUCAUGGUUGGCCAUGAUACCGCGAUCUCGGUUGUUACCUGGCAUCCGAACGGUACCUACGUAUUCUCAGCGUCUGAUGAGACAGACAAGUCGAUUCGCAUGUGGUCAGUCGUUGCCGGAGACUGCGUUCGAAUCUUCACUGGUCACGCAGAGUAUAUCUCAGCAUUAGAAUGCGCGCCAAAUGGCAAGAUUCUCGCUUCGGCCGAUAUUGCAGGCAAUAUUUUCCUAUGGGAUAUUGAGAAGGGUACACGUAUCAAGCGCUGUCGCGGGCACGGACGUGGUGGAAUCUGGUCAAUGAGUUUUAGCGUGGAGAGCAAUAUGCUCGUAUCAGGAGGCCAAGAUAACACUAUACGCGUAUGGGACGUCGAGAUGCCGUCCGAGGGCAGUCGCCUCCUCGCCAACCAGCAGGAUGGCGAUGGCACGAUUGUAGCUGCAGGUGGACAGGCCGAUGGUAAGCAGACCGGCCAGACGACGCAGCCUACUGGUGGUACCGCUAGCGGCACGGGAAAGAGGAAGGGCAAAGACGUGAUGAUUACCCCAGAUCAGAUCAGCGCAUUCCCCACAAAGAAGACACCUGUUCGCAAAGUCCAGUUUACUCGAAUGAACCUAGUAAUCGCCGGCGGUUGUUAUUACCCCGAGACCCAGGAUGCAGCUCGAUAGACCUGUCGCCCCGCGCCCCUUUAUUCUAGCUGAAUAAUUGUAGAUUUUACAGCAAAGGCCGUAUCUUAUGGCCUAUCCUUUACUCGGUCGAUAUUCGGUACACAAGGGCAGCCGGGCUUCUUAGAGCAAAUUCUACUCAUACGAUCCGCACAUUCUUGCCGACUAGUGUACCUGCUGUAUGAAUAUACGAAAACCAUGAAUAUGGCCCCCAGGUAGUGGACUAGUCUGGAGUUGAUUUUAACUACCAGUUUGUAGAGGAGGGGAAAGGAAGAGGGAAAACAAAUGAUUACUCGUUAGGGAUUUGCAAGGCGUAACUUGGUCGCUCUGAUACCACCUAUGCGUUGCAUGUGGAUAUUCUCUAGGAACAGGUAGUUAAUUCAGGCUUUGUUUUUUCAC